UCUGGAUUGUCCGUUUCCGAUUAAAACAUCGUCAAUUAGCGAAUACAGGCGGCAGAAGCUGCGAGUCGUAGAGAAAUUAGGGUUUCAGCAAGCAAGAUGAUAUACGACGUCAACUCACCGCUCUUCCGUUCCUUCCUCAGCCAGAAGGGAGGAGCCUCCGACAAGAGGAAAAUGGAGGAGCAAAAGCCUAGAGAACAGAGACCAAAAGCCAAUGAAAACAAGCCUGUUAUGAAUGAGUGAUGUUGCAUUUAGAAUGGACUUUGGCGUUUCUUGAUCAAAGUUGACUUGUUUCGGAUUUAGCUUUCAGUUUGUAAUGUUCUGAUCUUUGUUUACUUUCUCUAUGUUAAUUUGAAUGUAAUGGAAUUUUAAAUUGAGGUACUAAACCCCCAUCUCUGUUUAGUUGUG